GCAGCUUCUCUCUGCUUUGCCUCUCUCUCUCUCUCUCUCUCUCGCUCUGUCUCUCUCUCUCACACUCCGGCUUUCCGACUCUCCUGCCUGAGCUGAUAAAGAGCGACCGCGGCGGCUGAGGAGCUUCACUCGCUCCAACUCCUCCUGCACCAUGCUGCCCUGGAGAAGGAAUAAGUUUGUUCUGGUGGAGGAUGAGGCCAAGAGCAAACCCAAGAGUCUGGGGACCGGGCUGACCUACCACUCCAUCCUCUCCUCCCUGCUGCGCUCCUGUCCUGACUUGCUGCCCGACUGCCCCUUCGACUGGGUGGGCAGCAUCUUCCAUACCAAACGGCAGAAGGUGGAGCUGAAUAAAGAGGAGCCUGUUUACAACGUGCGCUACCUGGGGAGCGUGGUCACCAUCACGGCGAAGGGAGACGGCUGCACCCAGGAGGCGGUGGCCAAGAUCUGGGCGAGGAGCAACUACGGGGAGCAGAGUGUCAAGAUGAGGUUAACGGUGGGGCCGCAGGGAAUCCGAAUGAGCGCCGACAAAUCUGGGAAGAAGAAACCCAUCCAUCUGUACUCUCUGAACAGAAUCACCUACUGCAACGCUGACCCGUGCCGGCCCAAGAUCCUGGCUUGGAUCUACAGGCACCAGGUCAAGAACAUGGCCGUGGUGCUCCGGUGUCACGCCGUCCUGGUCAGCAAGUCGGAGAAGGCUCAGGCCAUCGCCCACAGCCUCUACCAGAACGCCACGUCCUCCUUCAGCGAGUUCAAGCGUCUGAAGCGUCAGAGUGAUUUCCGGCACUGCCAGCAGCAGCUGCUGGGCGAGGAGGCGGUGCCCCUGAUGCCACUGAGGAGGCUGCUGAACGGCCAGUGCCACUACAAACCGCCCGCCGAAAACCCCGGGAGUGCCACCCGCCUCUGCUCCAUCACGGAGGAAGAAGAGGAAGAAGAGGAAGAGGAGGAGGGGGUGGAGGAGGAGGCGGCAGAACAACCGGAGGGGGAUGUAGAGAAGCAGCAGCAGGAGAAGCAGAAGGUUUUGACAACAAACACAGACCCGACUCAGUUAUUAUCAGAGCUGGACAUUGGGGAUAUCGCCACGCUGGAGCAGUGCCAAAUCAACUUUGUCAGCGACAGCAACAACAACACGUUUACAUUUAUAACCUCUCUGGUGUGACAGUAACGAAAGGCAACUCUGCAGAAUCACAUUCCUCUCCUUCACCGGCACCCCUUCUCAGGCUCCCUCCUGCCCCGUCCGUGUGAUGAUGUGAAGUGUUUACCAGAAACUUCUCCUCGCCAGAAAAAAAAAGGCAAAAAGACAAUUUUUUUUUUCUGUGGGAGUGAUUUUCUAUUCUGGCCAGAUGGCUCAGAGGCUGGUUUGACUGUAGCAGUUUGGUAAAAAAAAAAAAGCUGCGUGUUUACAAAGAGGGCCGGUGAUGCUCUGACUAACGAAAGCACAAUGACGAACGAGGACAGCGCUCUGAGAAAAACACGAGGGCGCUGACGCUGAGAUCACUGACAUGCGGGUCACAUAUUGAUCGCAGGCACCGAGCAGGAUGUGUUUAUUAGUCUCCUAGCUCUUGUAAUUUUUUUUUUCGUGAGUGAAAAUUAAACGCCGUGUUCGCCAGCAGGGACAUUUUUCUUUCUUUCCCGGAAAUCGACUUGUAAUAUUUUUUCAGGGAGGCUCUUUGUAAAUUUGUGUAAUUUUUCUAAUACGACAAUCCUCACUGAAAAUUGUUCACUGACCUUUUCCGAGAGCUUACAAUCACGAGAAGGAGUUUGUUACGGUUUUACUUAACGAUCACAGCCGACUAAUGAAUAAAGGCUGUAAUUUAGGAAGAAAGCCAUUCAGUCGACAUGUUUAUUGCCGUCAUUUGUUACCAUCCUUAUCAUUUAUGCAUGAAACGCCGGCGGUAACCUUUUCCACGCUGAGCUUCUGUCUUCUUCUUCUUCAUGUGACAUCUUCGAUCUUUCGGCUUUUCAAAAUGAACACUGUGAUAAAUGUGUGACUGGGGGGGCGACAUACUGACCACGCAGCAGAGUCUAGUUCAUGCCAUUCAAUUUUUUUUGUUUUUUUUAAACACGCCUAUUUCCGUGUCACCUGGUUUUCCCCCAAAACAAAGAACAACAAAAACAAGUCUGAUUUCGCCAUCGUUAGUCGAGUUUCGUUGAUGCAGUUUUUUCCACACGAGCCCUCGCAAAAACGCAGACGGACAAUUUAAACACCACAAGCUGUUUUGAAUAUGACUUUAGCUAACUGCUAAUUUCCUGUUGAUGAUAUCUGUGCUACUAUCUAAAAAAUGCAUUGUGAUUAUUAUUCUUAUUCUAAUUAUGAGAUGAAGCUAUUUAUUUUCUGAAUACGAUGAAUAAAAAUUACCCUCACUUGGGGUUUUCCUUC